AUGGCCAAGAAGGGAGGAAAGAAGAAGAACAAGGGUGGUGCGAAGCCUGCUGCUGCCGCCGCGGUUGACAAGGUGGUCGACUCGGUCAAGGACGUCGUAAAGCCCCAGGAUGAAGUCGAGGAAGGCUCCGACGCCAAUGUCGCCGACUCUGCAGUCGCCAGCAAGACCGAGGUGCCCGCGAAUGAAGAAAAACUGGCCGAGACCUCCGCAGACAAGACCACUGCUCCUGUCGCGCCCGUGACCGAGACCAAGGAGACCGAAACGGUCGCAGACCAAGCUGCGCCAGCUGUCGAGAAGAUCGAGGAGCCAGUGAGGCAAGAAGAAAAGGUCGAGGCACCCCUGGUGGGAGAAAGCGUUGCACACGAGGUUGAAGACAAGACCCAACCUCCUCAGCCAGAGGCCAGUGUGUCGCGCGACCUGGAGAACGGGGGUGAUGACAAAGUUGUUCUCCCCACAUCGACCACCGCUACUUCCCCCAUCGCCUCGGAGCCUUACCCUUCCACCUCCGAGGUCGCCGCCGAAGAGCCUACUAUCUCAGCAGUUCCUGAUACAGGGGUUGUCGCACCCACUUCCACACUCCCGGAGCGUCCCAAGACCACCGAGUCGGUCACAGCGGAGCGCAGUGAGCUCACUGCUUCGGCCGUCGAGCCCAUUGCAACUACUGCCCCAGUCAUCGCACCUAUCGAUGAACCUGCCGUGCCGGUGACCGAGACUGUUGCCUCGGUCAGCGAAGCCUCUGUGCCUAUCGCCGCGGAGGAGUCCAAGUCCGUCCCAGAGUCUGCCGCACCUGUUUCUCAGACUAUUGCGCCUGUCUCUGAACCCGUUGCACCCGUCACGGAGUCCAUCCCACCUGCGAGCGAGACAUCUGCACCCAUCCCUGAACCCCUCGCGCCGGUGACCGAGACUCCUGCGCCCGUCUCUGAACCUGUUGCACCCGUAAGCAAGGCCGCUGAGCCUGUCGUUCAGUCCACAGCCGCGCCCACAGAGUUGACUACUUCCCCGGCCGCCCCUACUGAAAGCGAUGCCAUCCACGCCAAGCGUCCCUAUGAAAAGCCCAUCUUCUCCAAUGACGAGGUCAAGCCGCACAAGAUGGCCAAGACCGAGGACGACCAGCCGGUGCCUGCAACAAAUGCCGCGACUCCGGCGCUGACAGGCGCCGACUCCAAAUCGACUGCUGCCCAGGCGGUUUCCCAGCCCACUUCCACAAGCGCCACCAAGCCCACCGAAAACAAGGAGGUUGAAGGGCAGACCCCAGCAACUUCUGCUGCGACUCCCAAGGCUGCAGCUGCGGCCGCCGGGGCUCCUUUCCCUCCUCAGACUACCCAGUCAUCUCCUCAGGCCGUCGCCGCCGCAGCUGCCGCUCUGAAUAACUCCCGAACCGACAAGUCUGCCACGACAGGCCCUAUCAAUGUGGCGGGCACUGAGCCUAAGAAGCCCGAGCCGGCGGCUGUUCGGGGUGAGGAGCCCAAACCCCCGGUUGAUCUGCCUGCGCAGACUGUCCCUGCGGAAUCCACGGCCACUGAAACGUCAGUCCAGCCGGAGGCCGCCAAGACCCAAGAGUCUGAGCCUGAGCCUUCUGGUGAUCAGCAAGCGGAGAAGAAGAAGGGAGGAUUCUUCGCCAAACUCAAGCGCAUGUUCAAGUGA